AUGGUUAUGCCACAUAAGAACAAACCGAGAGCAAAGGCUUUGUUGCUGGAGAUCAGGUCUGACAUCCAGCACACCACGGCACACGGGAUCCCGAACAUUUUCCGGGCUCGGCACUGGUUCCGGCGCUGGCUAUGGGCCUUAUUAGUCAUCUUCGCAUUUUGUUGUGCCUUCUGGCAGUGCAUGGAGAUGGUCAUGACCUUUUAUAGCUACCCAUCGCACGAGAAGAUCACUUUGAUCUCCAAUUCCAAGCUCAUGUUCCCCGCUGUCACCAUCUGCAACCUCAACAGCUUGAGACGGACGGCUUUGGAAAAGAACUUUGCUCUGAACAGCACUUUAUCGUGGAACAGGACUAGCUUCUCCAGCUCUGCCAGGGAUGCCAACCGCUGUGGUUUCUUCUCCAACAAAUUCGCCUCAGAGUUCAACAGGCUUUCAGAAGAGGAGAAACUGGACAUGGGACACCAGCUGGAGGACAUGCUGAUAUUUUGUACCUACCAUGGGCGACCAUGCAAUACCAGUUUCUUUUCAGGGUUUGUCAACUACAAGUUUGGGAACUGUUACACGUUCAACUCUCACAAGAACACAGACAUCCGGGGGAAGCCCAUCAACGGCGUGCCACUGAACACCACCAAAGCGGGAUUCACAUACGGGCUUCACAUGGAGCUGUUCAUCCAGCAGACUGAAUAUGUCAGGGACAUCACCCACUCCGCCGGCAUCCGCUUGCUGGUUCAUGACCAGCAUGCCACGCCCUUCCCAGAGGACGAGGGCGUCAACAUCCCACCGGGAACCGAGACGGACAUCGGCAUCACAAGGAUUGGAAUUAGACGACUGAAGCAUCCAUAUGGAAGCAACUGUACCGAUGGAGAGGGCAUUACCAAUUACUACCAUGAUCUGUAUGGCUCAAAAUACACCAGGGAGGCCUGCAAGCGCUCAUGUGCCCAGUAUAGUAUUAUGGAUGACUGUGGAUGCAGUCACUGGGAGUUUGCAGUUCCCCCGGGGAUGAAUUACCCAAAAUGCAAUUUGAGCUCAUCCACAACUCGACGAUGCUUGGAGCUAUACGAAUAUAAAUUUUCCCUUGACAUGUUACCGUGUCAUUGUCCUCUUCAGUGCAAAGAGGAGCUGUUCGACUUGACUGUGUCAGGAUCCCAGUGGCCGGCGACAGCCUACCUGGAUAAAUUCUCUAGUAAUCUCAGAAAUAAAGGGGAACAACUGCGUGCCAUUGCUGACAACCAGCAGAAAAUCCGAGAUAACCUGUUGAAAGUAGUGGUUUACUAUCAGAAAAUGAACUACGAACACAUUUCAGAAGAGCCGUCCAUCACGGACAUUGACCUGUUCUCCAAUGUCGGAGGCCUGGUGGGGCUCUGGGUGGGGGUGUCCCUCUGCACACUGGCCGAGUUCCUGGAGAUAGUUAUUAAUGUGGUUCUGACUAUGGCCCGCAGCUGCCUGGGUACAUCCACUCAGGGGCCGCCACCCCCAGCACUGAUGAUGGAAAGUCCUGCCAUAUAAACCAUUUAGAGAGGGAA